CCAGGACUGUACAUUUAUAGCAUGAAAUGUAUUCGGUCAUCUAUGAGGAAAACGUCUCACAAAAAUGUGAGCCAUAAAUUACCUAAUUUUCUUGUUCUUCAUUUUCUUGCUCUUAGUGCUCAUACAGAUCUUCCUCCCGUGGGUGUGUAUACGACCAGCUUUCUUGUUCUUCCUCCUAGAAAGUCUACGCACCCACCCCACAUACCUUCACAGGUUUCAGUUGCUACACUCUUCCUUCUGGACACAGCAACAGAUAAUUACUCCUUGAAUUCUGUGUUCUUUUGAGCAGGUUUGACCCCUGGCGGCACUGAGAAGUUCAGCUUUGUAACUUCCCAUCUGCUCCUCUUACAUUUCUCUUGCUGUUCUUACGGGCCCUUUCUUGUCCCUUUCAUUUAAGGACCUUUGGAGAGUUGCAGCCUUCCUCUCUUGCAAAGCAUUUAAGAGAGGUUCCUGCCCACCCGUCUGGAACCGUUAGCCAUCCUACCCUGCUAGCCUGGGGCAAUAUUCCAUGUAAUACUCCAGCACCUUGGUCUGAAGAUGACAGGGCAAAGCCCUUGUUCCUGAGGCCACCAUCUGAUGGGAGAGUUCCUACCCCAGGACAUUAUCUAAGAUCGUUGUUUUAUUUGAAGGAAUUCUAUCUAACAUGGUAUUCCAAGAUUUCCUGCGCCAGAGUCACUAGGUUGGUUUUUUUAGGUGCAGAUUUCUGGAUAGCACCCCAGACCUAUUGAAUUAGACUUUCUGAUGGGCAAACCUUAGGAACCUGCAUCUUAAAGUUGAUUCUUUACACCUUCGCUCCAACAAAGGGCUAAGACUCAGCCUGGGCCAAUUUCCUCACCAAAAGAUGGGUUACGUGUUGUGUAAAAGGGGGUGUAUUUGGGGCCUCCUGGCUAGGAGACUGUCCACACUUAUGGGGCCUUGGCUGGGUCAAGCAGGAAAAAUAGUUCAGAAAGACCUUCAAACUAGUUCUGAUAUGGCAAAAACCCAGUCUUCUGCCAACCAAAACAACCCCAUAGGCCAUCCAAGGCCCCAAUAAACAGAUUGUCCUGGACCUUAGCUCCUAUACCAGUUACAAAGAGGCUGAGCUUCUGUCACCCCAAGAUAACACAGGCUCCUGGGAUCUUACCAAUUACCCCAAAAUUGAAGGCAAAAAUGAGUAAGAAGUCAGUCCAUUUGUUCAACUGCACCCAUUUUUUUUCCAUGAAAAAAAUACAGGGGUGAGUAGGGGGCUAUGGGAACCCUGUACUUUCCACUCAGCUUUGCUGUGACUCUCAAACUGCUCUAAAAUUAAAGCAUUUUAAAAUGCAGAGGGAUGCUGGCUUCUGGAGAUAAGAAGGUAGGAGUAUGAUAGGCGGCAGUGUCCAUGGCAUGUACAACACGUAUAGAAAGAUGGUUUGCUAAGUCUGGAAAUCAUGUAGGACCUGUAGUAUGUGACUAGCACCUGCUGUGAGCUGGCCACUUUCCUAUAGAUUGUAUCAUUUUAUCCUCAACACAAUCAUGGCAUCAUCCUUUGUUUCAUAGACUGGGACUUGAGACUCCGAGUCGGCCAUUUGCCCAGAGUCCCAGCUGGUGAGUGAGUGGUACAGCCAGAAGUCACACGCAGGUCUCUGAGCUCGCCUCCCUCCACCACUGCUGCCUCUCCCUUUAUUUGUACUUCAUCUAAUAGGCAAGGCAGCCAUUGACAGCUCUCAAAGGGGGAAGUGCUGGCCUGACCUAAAAAUAGCUUACAUUUAUCAAGCACUUAGUCGGCUACACUCUGCUAAGCACUUUACAGAGAUUACCUCUUUAAUCCUCACAACGACCCUAUGGUUAUAAUUAUCUCCAUUUUACAGAUGAGGAAACAGACUGAAGAGAGACUGUGAGGUGUUGUGAGUCACACAGCUAGUUGGUGACAGAGCCCCAAGUGGCACCUGGGCAGCCAGUGCGAGUGCAGUCUCCACCUACCACUGCGCUGUGCCCGCUGCCCCCAGGGAGCGGGGGAGGAUGGGACAGGCCCUGUAAAGGUCGAGUUGAUAAGACUUUACAACUCAUUGAAUGUGGGAGCAGAGGGAGAAAGAGCAGUUCAGGCGUUGCUGUGAGUCAGCUAAUCCUGGGCCCCUUCUUUGGGACCUGAAUGCCCCACGGGAUGAACUGGAGGUCAGGAGCAGAGAUGUCACUCAACCCUCCCUACAGAAAUUAGAGGUCCCUUUUGGAUGGUGUGUUCAAGCUCUCCCUCCCUGGUGCUGUGGGGGGUGUCAUCUCUCUCCCGAGAUAACAGGGACACCUCAGUCCUCCUGGGGCUAUUCUGGGCUGCUGUCUGAUCCUCCUCUCUCCCUCAACCCCUACUUCAGCCUUUCUGCUGGGCGUAGCUGAGUGGGGAAGGCCAGCCCAGUUACGUAACCCUGUGGCUGGGACCCGGGAGGCCAGCCUGGGAGCAGGUGCUCAGCCCCUCCCUCAUCACCAGCAGUGAAAAUCUAGAGCUGGAGCUCAGCCUCUGGGAAGGCCCAGCAUGGAGGCAGCCACAGCUCCGGAGGUGGCCGCAGGAUCCAAGCUGAAGGUGAAAGAAGCCAGCCCAGCAGAUGCUGAACCACCCCAGGCUUCACCUGGACAGGGGGCUGGCAGCCCCACUCCCCAGCUCCUGCCCCCUAUAGAAGAGCACCCCAAGAUCUGGCUACCUCGGGCCCUGAGGCAGACCUACAUCCGGAAGGUUGGGGACACAGUGAACCUACUAAUCCCAUUCCAGGGCAAGCCCAAACCUCAAGCCAUCUGGACACACGAUGGCUGUGCCUUGGACACCAGGCGUGUGAGUGUGCGGAAUGGUGAGCGAGACUCCAUCCUCUUCAUCCGAGAAGCCCAACGUGCUGACUCAGGUCGCUACCAACUCCGUGUGCAGCUGGGUGGGCUGGAGGCCACCGCCACCAUUGACAUCCUGGUGAUUGAGAGGCCAGGCCCUCCUCAGAGUAUUAAGCUGGUGGACGUUUGGGGCUUCAGCGCUACACUGGAAUGGACACCUCCCCAAGAUACGGGGAAUACAGCACUUCUGGGAUACACGGUGCAGAAGGCUGACACAAAAUCCGGGCUGUGGUUCACGGUGCUGGAGCACUAUCACCGCACCAGCUGCGUCGUCUCUGACCUCAUCAUCGGCAACUCCUAUGCCUUCCGUGUCUUUGCUGAAAACCAGUGCGGACUCAGUGAAACAGCCCCCAUCACCACGGACCUCGCCCACAUCCAGAAAGCAGCUACUGUUUACAAGACCAAGGGGUUUGCCCAACGAGACUUCUCUGAAGCCCCAAAGUUUACCCAGCCUCUGGCCGACUGCACUACAGUCACCGGCUAUAAUACCCAGCUCUUCUGCUGUGUCCGCGCCUUUCCCCGGCCCAAGAUCAUCUGGCUGAAGAACAAGAUGGAUAUCCAAGGCAACCCUAAGUACAGAGCCCUGACUCACCUGGGAAUCUGCUCCCUAGAGAUCCGCAAGCCGGGUCCCUUUGAUGGAGGCAUCUAUACCUGCAAGGCGGUGAACCCCCUAGGGGAGGCAUCUGUGGACUGUCGGGUGGAUGUGAAAGGUAAGGGCAAGACGAGAACUAGUGCCUUAGGGUGCCAGUCACCUCCUCUCUCCACCGGUGGAAGAGUCAGGGAACAGAGACGCAAGCCUAGGGGGAGAAGGGGUUUCUCCGCUGGACUCUUUCAUCACUGUCAUCAUCAGGAUGUAUUGGAGGAGACAUUUUAAUUAUCUACUAUCUCAUUUCUCUCCAUCACAAUUCAAUAAUAUAGGAAGAAUUGUUAUUUCCAUUUUGCAAAUGAGAAGACGAAAGUACAGGGAGGGAACUGGUUUGCCCAAGAUUCCCAGUGUCAGUUAGUUGAUCACCUGGCACUGGUGGAAAUAGCCCAGGUCUCCAGGUCCUCGCUCAGCUCAUUUUUCUUUAUGCUGUGCAAUCUUCCGACUCAGCCUAGGAAAGCUGCAACUGUUUGUCAGGCUUUAUUUCACUUCCCCUCCGGUUUAUUUAUAGGUAAUAUUGCAUAUCCUCUCUACUUCCUUAAAGUAUUUAAUCACUUAUCUAUACCUGUCACCUUGUUCAGAUCUCUAUCAUUGUGUUUAACAUACUGUUUUAUAAUUAUCUAUUUAUAGAUAUGUUUCCCUAUUAAAUUAUAAGCAUUUUGAGGGUAGGGACAUUGUCUUAUUUGCCUUUGUCCCCCCAGUGUCUAGCCCAGUUUCUGACACACAGUAGGCACUCUAAAUGUUUGUUGCAUGGAUCAAGAAUGAAUGAGCCCUUACAUGUCCUGUUCUUCUCUAUGUAUAGACUACCUAAUUAGCACCAUUGACUCCCCAAGAACCUGAAAUAGAAUAUUCCUUUCUAAUGCUCUGAAAGAAAGUUUCUCAGAGAUUUCUGAGAUGUUAACACUGAGAAAUGUCCGAAUUAUUACAGUUCCUAAUUGAGGACACCUAAGAAGGCAUGGUACUCUGACAAAGGUAAGUAAAGAGAGGCAAGAUGUCUCACUGGAUUAGUUCCUGUUUAUGGCUAGUGUUGUUGAGUCAGGGACAGAGGUGCAUUCCUGAGCCUUUCAGUCAUGUAUCCACUGGUGGCCACUUCUGUUGUAACCAUUUUUUUUUUGAAAUGAUGUCUUGCUCUGUUGCCCAGGCUGGAGUGCAGUGGCGCCAUCUUGGCUCACUGCAACCUCUGCCUCCUGGGUUCAAGCAAUUCUUGUGCCUCAACCUCUCGAGUAGCUGGGAUGACAGGCGCCCGCCACCAUGCCCGGCUAAUUUUUCUACUUUUAGUAUUGAUGGAGUUUCACCAUGUUGGCCAGGCUGGUCUCGAACUCCUGACCUCAAGUGAUCCACUCACCUCGGCCUCCCAAAGUGCUGGGAUUACAGGUGAGAGCCGACAUGCCCAGCUGUUGUAACCAUGUUUAUAUUUAUUUAUUUAUUUAUUUAUUUAUUUAUUUAUUUAUUUUGAGACAGAGUCUCGCUUUGUCACCCAGGCCGGAGUGCAGUGGCGCUAUCUCAGCUCACUGCAAGCUCUGCCUGCCGGGUUCAUGCCAUUCUCCUGCCUCAGCCUCCAGAGUAGCUGGGACUACAGGCACCCACCACCACGCCCGGCAAUUUUUUUUUUUUUUUUUUUUUUUAGUAGAGACGGAGUUUCACUGUGUUAACCAGGAUGGUCUCGAUCUCCUGACCUCAUGAUCCACCCGCCUUGGCCUCCCAAAGUGCUGGGAUUACAGGCGUGAGCCACCACGCCCAGCCUGUUGUAACCAUUUUUAAAAGCGAUACUGUCAUCCCUGUGGAGAGAAUUUAUAGUAGAUGCAGUCUGCUUUUGUCAUAUCCUCUCUAUGUCUGCACUCCUCAAGUCGAUGGUAGGAAUUAAACCUAAUGAAUGGUCCUCUGAAGAAGAGUGACAGCAUCCACCUAAUCAUAAGGAGAUUCUGUGGGAGGGAGCUGAGCAGGUAUUGUAGGAAAAGGUGUCAAGGGAACAAUUCAGAGUGCAGGAACCCACAAGAGUCACAGCACCUUGUGCCCGUGGGGUGUGUAAGGACAGGGGACGCUGCUCCUGCUGACUGAGUAAACGCCUCAGGAUCAUGAGCAUGGUAAAAAAAAAAAAAUGGAUUAAUAUAUUUGUUUUUUACUUUGAAGCUUAUGGAUUCCUUCCCUUCCAAGAGAAGAAAAUCCUCUUUCUCAUUUAUGUCAAUUAUAAUUUAACCUUUAGGUGUGUGGUCCCAAGCAGCACAUUAUUGGCAAAAGACAGCUCAGCUCAUCAUUUAGAACUGGACAGCUCUUUUAGAUUUUCCGUCAUUCACAUUAGCUAUGUUGUGAACAAAGUGAUGCAUAAGGUGAAAAAGAAGCUUGAGACAGAACUAAAGAGAACAAGUUCCCAGUGUCCUCUCCGACUUGUAGCUGCUGGCUGAUGGAAAUUGGAAAUGAAUUUGAUCCCAUAAGACAUUUAUUUAAGGCUCUCACUGGUAUGUAGCAAAUGAAAGCCUAAAGGGGUGCGUUACAAGUACAGACUUCUCAGGAAAGCGCUCUCCGACAGUCGGCUUGCAGAGACAACUCUCCCUCCCUCACCUCCCUCUCUGUGUUAAUGAUACUUGUGUUCCUGUUAGUUGCCCCUUUCCCUCUCUCACAGCCAGUGCCCAGCAAUGAAGUGAAUUCAUGGCACAGGAGCCAGGGACCGUGACAACGGUGCCCUCAGCAGCCUGGUGUCCUCUGGCCAUUUGCUGUCAUGGCUACAAAGUGCUCCCUCUUUUCAGUGCCUCCAGGAAGCCUGCCAGUGGUGAGACUGUGUCCUCCAGGAGCUUCGGCACCAUGUCUGGUUUGGAUUCAUCUAAAUAAAUAUGUGGUUCCCCAGUG